AAGCACUGUGUAGCUGAGCCAAUACUAUACGGCGGGAAGGUACGUUUUGCUUCUCAUUUGCCUGAUCCUUAUCAGCGUCAGCGUCGCAAUCCUUAUUGAUAAACAGCCCAGCCGGACACACGAAUUAACCCACGGGAAAAAAGGGUCGCCAGAAAUUGUCGCUAAAUUUGAUAUGCACUGACAAUCCUUCCAUAUUUUUGCAUUAUUUCAAGUGUAGGCAUUUGCUCAAGCACCGGAACAGCAACAGCGACGCGGGAAACACGGCGUUCCAGCUGACGGCAAACUUUUUAUACCACGAGCUGCCAGUGCGGAUUGGCCAGACAGUCACGGGGCUCAAGCAAAACCCUCGCCAUACAACAUCCGCAAGGUGCACCACUUCCGGCGCUGAUGGACAAUUAUGCCGACGACUUUUCGCUGCUGGUCGACCGCACGCCAGCCCCCAAUACGCCAGAGGCCAACGAUAAAUUUGUGGACACGCUGCGCAAGCUCAAAAGCAAGUACCGCACCAACAUGUGGACGCUGUCGCAAGGGCUGCGGGAGCUGUCGUCGGCAAUCAACGCCCAUGAUCCGCAGAUCCUAACGCAGAACCACUACUACUCGUCGACGAUGGCGUACCCCGAUUUGUCGGCGCCAAUGGCCUACCUGGCACCCAGCGGCAAGAUGGAGAUGACCGACCCGUCAAAGUGGUCGGCACCCCUUGGGGCCAGCGGCACGGCGGGCGCCACGGCACCGCAGCAGUGGGCACCGAACAGGGUGUGCUCAGAAUUUUGCGACGAAUCAUCAUGCAGAAACCCGAGGCUGUGGCUUAGCGACGGAACGCAGAGGUGCGCCGAAAACCAGACGCGGCGGUUCUUUGACUGGCUGUACUCGAUGAACCUGGGCACGCAGCUGCUGAUUGAGGACCACAUUAUCCAGCCUCUGGACAUCGCGAACCGCGCAGCCCACGACGCCAGCGUCAUCUGUCAGCGCCAUUACGGGUUCCCGGCGCCGGUCAUCAAGGUUAUUGCGCCAACACCCGGGGUUACUACAACGUAUGUGCCGCAUCACCUGUACAGCAUGCUGUUUCAGCUGCUGAAGAACGCCCUGAGAGCUACCAUUGAGCACCACGGCAAAUAUGGCCGCCGCAAUAUGCCCUCGAUCAAACUGAUCAUGUCGAGUGGCGAUGAGGACGGCGGCGGCAUCCCACUGUCGCAGGUCGACGCCAUCUGGUCAUAUUUAAAGACAACUACGGACUUGGUCAGCGACCCCGAGUCGGCAAUGCAGCAGCAGGUGGCGGAGGUUGGGUCCAAGGCAGUGAAGAACAGCGCACUUAGUUCCAUCACGUUUAUGAAGAGGGCCAGCGACAUGCCGCUGUUUGGUGCUGGCGACGGGCUGCCGAUGACACGUCAAAUUGCCCGCUAUUUCGGCGGUGAUCUGGAUCUGGUUUCGAUGGAGGGAGUGGGCACAGAUGCGUACUUACAUCUAUCGCGCUCGCGCAAUGCUGCCGAGCACACAUCGGAUCUCAGCACUUUGCUCGAGCCCAAU